AUGAUCGGGAUUGAUAAAUACAAGCUCAGAGAGGUUGUCAAAGCUGAUACCGCAACAUUUUCAAUUUUCUUGCCUGGUGGCGCGGCCGAUGAAAAGUCUUCAGAGAAGCUAUUUACGUCUCUCAACAGAAUUUUCCAAGACGCAGUACAAUUGCAAGCCUCAUUCAUGACGUCCAGGGCAAUCUUCCUCCUCAAGUGGCCCGAAGUCUGCCGCUCGACUGGGAUCAUUUCAUUUGAUCCGGAGAGAAUGGAUGCCGAAAUAUGGGAGAAAGAGCCUCUCGACAAAAGCAGCAUUGUUAAGCUGACAGUCUCCCCUUGUCUGAUAAAAGCUGGCACUGCGGAUGGCGAAGACUACGACCAGAGACUUUUGCUUACUCGGGCACGGGUGGUUUGUAACUGA